AUGGGUCCUAUCUUGGCGAGUGUCAUAUUGUUUUGUAUUGCUGUUAUAGUUUUGACGUAUAUAUUGUUCGUGGCCACAGUCACUUUCUUGGGAUUAAAUUUCACUACAUCUCACCUAUCUCAACCUCUUCUGAUCGGAUAUGCCGUGAUUCUAGUGUUGUUAUCUCCUGGUGUUUUCUCGGGAAUAUUUGGCGCUUAUUACGUAAUUAUUCUUCCUCGUACUGCGUCAUUAGUUGAUCGUUAUGUGAAAGAUUUUUACCUUACAUUUUCCGUCAUAACUAUAAUCGAUGUUAUAAAGAUCAUCCUUUCUUUUACGUGGAAAAAGCACUCAUUAGAAUCGUGUAUCAACGGUUCAAAGUCAACACAUGACGUAAUUCAGGACUGUUAUGACGCAAUAGACUUUAACAUCCAGGCAGGUCUUAUAAUCUUUGGAGCGCAGGAAGUUAUUCUUGUUUGUCUUGGAAUUUAUGCGCGCUAUUGUGCCAAGAGAAUCAUACAGGAGUAUAAUGAUAAGAAUGAUGUGAAAACAAAAAGAUACGAUUUGGAAACUCAAAUGGACUUUUCCUCCACUGUACAAAGUGGAAUUUUGGGACAGGAGAAUAAUAUGAAUCCUCAACUUAAUGCUUUCCCAUAUACCAAUAAUUCUACGCAAGUAACUAGUCCAAGUAGACCAGAACCUGUGCUAAAUAAUAUCCGAGUUGGAUCUAGAAAUAACGCGAAUGAUCUCGAAUUACAAGAUAAUACAAAUAUUCGUGUACAAAAUACUUCGACAUCUGAUCAACAAUAUGUGGCAUCAUUACGUUACACGUAUCAAACUCCGAAACCUAAUGUCAUGUCAACGCCAUUUCCUUUGUUAACAAGUACCCAAAUGACGCCUGAGGCAAAUUCACAAAGAGACAGGAUUCAACCGGCAAUGAUCUCUCAAAGCACAAGAUCACGUCGGGUGCCUCCUUCAGCCACGAAUUUUGUUGAUCAAUCACAACUCCGAAGAUUCCAACAACCAUCAAGUUCUCAGCAACAGCAGGGACCGUGGAAUCCAGUUUCCCAACAGAAUUAUUCGCAGAACCAGUACAACGACCAAGAUAUACGCACUUAUAGACGCUCAAAGAGUCAACCGCAACUUCGUCCUCAGCCAUUACCUUCAUUUGGCAAUUAUACGGAAAUUCCUCCAGUUCCGGCAAUCCCAAAAGUUGUCCAGCAGCCGCCAAGGGAUAGAACUACUUGGAAUAAUUCCCUUAGACAAACAAGUUCUUUACCAAACAUAUAUGAAGUUUCAUCCUCAGAGAGAUUUACUGAAGGAGCUCCUGCAGUACCUCAAAUCCCUCCUAAUUUACUUAGAAAUAAUCAAUUACAGCCUGUACUGGAAUCUAAUUACAAUGGUGCCCAGAGCGCACGAUAUGAAAUAUCCAUUGGACAAUAUAAUCGAGAUAUUUCAUCGGUAAGACAGUCGUUUUCGAGCGAGUAUAAUGUCCCCCUGGUCAUAAAGAUAAAAUCAAGACAAUCAAGGCCUAUCACGGGUGCAAACCAAACCUACAAUAAUAUGCUACCUCCGUCGCAAUCCAGAGGUAGUUCUAAUAAUUUAAUUUUAAAUGGUCCUGAUCAAUGGAUGGCCGAUAAUGGUACGAUGGUAACUCCUAAUAGCAAUUACAGUCAGCGGCGUUAUGAACAAAAGACUCCAAAAUCCAAGCAAUAUUAUUAG